UCGUCUGCUAUUGUAUUGUCGUCUGCAAGAGAAGUGCCUAAGUUGCCUGCUGUCUGCUGAAAACAAUUAAAGCUGACAGAAAACCUGGAGUUUACGGUUCGAAAAGGGACUUUCAGUCAUUGAUACUGUAGGUCACUCAAAAGAUUCUGUUCUGAACUCCAAAUCAACGCGUGGUCAGAAUGUCAUCAGAUCAACAGCUGAACACCGCCCUGUUCAAGACAAUCGAACAGCAUCAGUGGCCUAUUGUUUACCGUGAUGAGUACAAUAUCAAGCUGAUGGGUUUAGAAAAGCUCCACCCGUUUGAUUCCCAGAAAUGGGGCAACAUAUUUCAGAUUUUAAAAAAAGAAGGCCUUGUUGAGGAACAAUCCAUUGUUCAGCCCAAUCUGGCUAAAAAAAAUGACCUGCUUGUUGUUCACACUGAAGAUUACUUGAAAUCACUCAAGAGAAGUUACAUUAUAGCUAAGAUAACCGAAAUAUUACCGUUAGCUCUAAUACCAAAUUAUUGCCUACGAAAGAGAUAUCUUAAACCAAUGAGAUAUCAGACAGGAGGAUCUAUUUUAGCUGGGCAUCUAGCUUUGGAACGCGGCUGGUCCAUCAACCUGGGGGGUGGCUUUCACCAUUGUUCAAAAGAUCGUGGAAGCGGUUUUUGCCCUUAUGCUGACAUUUCAUUAUUAAUUCAAUUUUUACUGAAGUAUGAGAAGAAUAGAGUAUCAAGAGUAAUGAUUGUGGAUUUAGAUGCACAUCAGGGAAAUGGUCAUGAGAGAGACUUUUAUGGUCUUGACAAUGUGUAUGUGAUGGAUGUUUACAAUAGCAAGAUUUAUCCCAGAGACCGUGGUGCUAAAUUAGGCAUUCAAUGUAACAUAGAGUUGCGUCCUUUGACUUCUGACCAUGAAUAUCUAGAUCUAGUUGAAGUACAUUUGGAACAAUCAUUAAGAGAGUUUCGUCCAGAUAUUAUAGUCUACAAUGCUGGGACAGAUAUAUUAGAGGGUGACCGCCUGGGCUGUCUUUCUAUUUCUCCUGCUGGAGUUAGAAGGCGAGACCAGUUGGUGUUUAUGAAAGCUCGGGAAAGGAGAAUCCCUAUUGUGAUGCUGACAAGUGGGGGCUAUCAGCCAUGCACAGCCAAAGUUAUAGCAGAUUCCAUUCUAAACCUGCACACAAUUGGUCUCAUAGAUGGGCCGGACAAAGGCAAAAAAGAUUGAAGGUAAAAAAGUUUUUUUUUUUUUUUAACCAUUUUCAAGAAGCCAGAUAUCAAAUGUUUUAAUGAAAGAUAUCAAUUUAAAAAAUAUAGUACACAUUUUUUUCCCCAUGGGAAGAUAAAUAUCUCUUACAAUGUAUUUCAAAAAUUCAAAUUAGAAAGCAACACAAUUUGACAAUUUCAAUAAAGGGUUAUUUA